UUCCCGCUACUACCUCCAGCUUUUUGCAACAAACCCACGGCCGAUUGUCAGAUCCUGUACGAAAUUGGCGAGCGCACGACUCCCGCUGUCGCAGGCGCACCUCACCUGUACAAGCCUCCAGCAAACCAAGCUGCGCCAACAACACACCCAACACAAUAAUCAUCACACAUCAUGGCAGACAAGUUUCCGGAAAUUGACGUCGACACGACGGGCCAAGAUAUCGAGGGCGACUUCUUCUCGCGCGAGAAGGAGCUCGUGGGCAGCGAGUUCCAGACCGAGCAAGACAGUGCUGUUUUGGCCGAAAGCGAGGCAGACGAGGACCACGAAAUCCAGGAUUUCAAAGACCAGUUCCCUGAGGUCGGUGAAGCUGAGCCAGCCGCCCAAGACCCCGAGCCUGUUUCCGAGGAUGACGAAGAAUUCGAAGGUUUUUCCUCGGCACCUCAGACGACAGUUCCCCAGGGCGAGUCGGAGCCAUUGAAGGAGUGGAAAGCGCGCCGAGAGCUUGAGAUUGAGGAAAGAGAGAAGGCCAACUCCAAGAAAAAGGCCGACAUCAUAGCAGCCGCGCAGCAGAGUAUCGACGACUUCUACGACAACCACAACAACAAGAAGGAGGAACAGGCGAAGCAAGUGUUGAAGGAGCAAGAGGAGUUUUUGGAGAAGCGCGACGGCUUUUUGAAACGAGGCACUUUGUGGGACAGAGUCAAUGAGCUUGUGGAAGACGCUGGUGAGGGCGCCGACUCCAGCCGCGACAAGUCUCGGUUCAAGGGUUUGUUGACCAAGUUGAAGGGUAAGGAAAACGUGCCAGGUGCAGGUGGUUACGCCAGCUAGACAACAGUAGGAGCCGCAUGGAAAAUAUGAUCACAAUACAAAGAAUAGACA